AUGCCCUCCCCGCAUCUUGCUGAAGAGAUGUACGAUGCCUGGGCUAGGGUCACUAAUCCUAGCCGAGUGCUUGAGGACAUCCUUGAGGAUCAGAAGAAAUCUCGCACCCUUUACAAUAUGAUCCGACGCCAGGCCAAAUUCAUUGAAGCUGAGCGAUCGAAAGACUUUGACCUUGGCGAGAUCACCAUCUUUGACAAGGUGCUUGUUGACCUUUGGCGUGAGGGGCACCAGCUCAAAAACAUUGGGCUGCUCGAGUUCUUCAUCGAGGAGUACAUGAUGGCCAAGACUGUUCGGGGGUAUCGCGAGAAGAAGGUCAUUGUGUAUGCCUACCUUCGUGCUCAAGAGAUGAUUGAUGCUGACGCUGAAGUCAAGGCAGAGGGGUUUACAGCUCAGCAAGCAUCGCCUCUGGACAAGCUCAUUCGUGUCUACCAGGAUGCCAAAGCCGACUUCUACUUCAGCGAUGCGAACAAGUCUGGCGUUUCCAACAAGUGCAACGACAAGUUCAACAAUGUUCGUUUCCUCCGCGACACUGCGGAGAACCUCUACCGGCACAUGAAGGCCAACAACCUCGAGUCGCACCCCCUUUUACCUGAAGUCACGAAGACGGUCAAUGUCAGCCAGCAGCACGCCGAGCAUCUUGCCGGUGGUCGCAAGCGCAUCUUCGAGCUGAACCCGAAUGAAGAUACUCGGCCCCGCGGACCCCGCUUCAAGCGCCAGCGUCGCGAGCGCGAGCAUCAUGGACGUGAACAUCCUGGACGCAGGCCUGACCGUUACGUUGACUCCUAUCGUCCUCAGCGUCCAGACCGUGUCAAUCGUGAUGGCUGCCGAGAUGACGACGAACCUAACGAAUACCACGACGGCCCCCGUGAUGACCUCGGUGGGCCUCCUCGUGGCCACCACCGCAAUGAACAUGAUGAGGAAUAUGCGGAUGAUCCAGCUCACAACUAA